GAUUGUUACUAAAUUUAUUGCUAAGUCUGUCGCUGAGAUUGUUGUUGAGGUUGUUGCCAAAGAUAUUGCUAAGGUUGUUGCUAAAGUUGUAGCUAAUGGUGUUGCUAUAGUUGAUAUUGCAAAUAUUAGAACUAUAUAA